AUGUUGGACUUUUAUUCGAUUGAGUGUAUUUUCUUAGAAGCACAAUCGCGAUAUGAGGCAUGUCACUGUGUCGCGGUGUUUCAUAAGCAACAGCAAUCCGACCCUGGCAAAGAACAUGAAAAUGUUUAUCUCGAGAGUAGCCGAUGGGAAAGUACACUGAACGCUCUUCACGAGCUGGAUACGCUGGUUACCGAGCAGGCAAACUUGGUGGGCGAUUUACAGUCAGCAAUAACAAGGAUACUCGGAGAACCUUCGAAGUCAGAAAAAUUGGAUAAAUCAUUGCCAACGAUAUUUGCGAUAACGCCGACGUUUGCUCGACCUGCUCAAAAAGCCGAGCUGACCAGACUGGUCCAAACAUUUUUGCACGUGCCUAAUUUUCAUUGGAUACUCGUCGAGGACUCGCAAACAAAAACGAAACUCGUAACGAAUUUUCUCGCCGAGAACACCAUCGUUCACACUCAUCUGAAUGCACUGACACCGCCAAAUCACAAAUUAGGCAAAAACGAUCCAGCCUGGAAACAAGCACGCGGCGUGCAGCAACGCAACGCCGCCUUGCGGUGGAUCCGAGAAGAGCUCAGCGACGUUGGUAAUGGCAUUGUAUAUUUUGCCGACGACGACAACACCUAUUCUGUCAAAUUGUUCAAGGAAAUGAGCAAGAUAAAAAAAGUGGGUGUCUGGCCGGUUGGUCUCGUCGGGGGCAUGAUGGUCGAGAGGCCAAUUUGUGAUAACGCGACGAACAAAGUCACCGGUUUCAACGCCGUGUGGAAGCCGAAUCGCGUAUUCCCCGUCGACAUGGCCGGUUUUGCUGUCCACAUCGACCUCAUACGGGAGAAAAAAGACGUUUGGUUCUCGUACGAGACCGAGGGUGGUUACCAGGAAACCGUAUUCUUGGAACAAUUGGCGACGAGAGACGACCUGGAGCCCCUCGCUGAUGCGUGCACAAAGGUAUACGUAUGGCACACAAGGACCGAACCACCGCUCUUGAAUGCGGAACAACGAUUAAUGAGGAAAGGCAAAAAGUCGAACGAGGGAAUCGAAGUAUAAGGGAUAUCAAAGAUUUUUCUAACACUACCAAGCCGAUGCUAUGAGCUCAGAGCCUUGUGGCAAUUCUAGAUAAAUUUUCCAGUAACGAUGAGAAAAUAAAAGAGAUGAGCACGUGUAAUAUAAACAUUGAAUCGAUUGAGUAAAAUCGGAAUGUUCCUAUCCGGUACUUCCAUAGAAAUAGCUUGUAAAUUAUGUUUUUUUAUGAUCAUUGAUCUUGAGGAUAAAAAUAUUGCUUGAAAAAAUCAUUUGAGAAUGGGAGUAGCUUCGACCGUUGGAAUUUUUUUUUUUUUUAAAUUGGAAUAAACGUUUGCUUUUUAACAGUUCUCUGACAAUAAUGAACAAGAAAAAUAGGAAGCAUUGAUUUUAGCGAGAAUCGAGGCAUCCCUGGAUUACUACUUUUCUUCCUCAGGAUGUGUUCAAAUGAAUAUCAUGAUAUUAUUGUAUAUAAAUACCCAAUGACGGUAUCCAUAUUCGCAUCUAUUUUGCGGUGAAUAAUAAUUACUCAUUUUUAAUGAUCCGGUUUAGAUUUUUUUGUUAGUUAUAAUAAUCAAUUAUUUAAAUGAACGAGACUAAUGUAAGAAAAAGUUGUAGAUAGAAUUUUUUAAUGAGAAGAGAGUAACCAAUUGAAUAAUUUUGAACAUGACGGUCAUCAGGAAUGAAGAACAUUUCGCUUGUUAUUCCUUUUACUCUUGAAUUUAAUAUAUUCUUUGUAUGAAAAAUUGUAAGAAGGUUGUAAACGAAAUUGUACAAAUACUCACUCAAAUUGUAUUGCUGUCAGUUUGUCACAGCCGAACGUCUCUCUGAUCGAGAGUUGACAAAUAAACAAAAUUUACCAAGAA